CCAUUGCAAUCAGAGGCGGACUGAAGUCAACCGGCAACUUUGAGGGCAGAGGCGAUGUUUUGCUGACAGGAACAGGAAGGAGUGUCGGGGCAGGGGUGGCCGGAGAAGGGGCCGGAGAUGGGGCCCAAUGGUGAAAGUGAAGACGGGGUGGCUGAGAGGGAACCGAAGAAGAAGGAGAAGACGACGGUGGAAUCAUCAUCAUGAUGAGAAUGAUCAUGGAGUCUCUUUGAGGAGUAAAAAAAUAUUGGGCUUAUGAAUCUUUAAGAGUCAGAGAGGGAGAGAGACCGGAAGCUUGGUUCGUUGGUUUAAUGCAAAGGUUGCGGGGUGUGUGGAAAGGGAGUGGGGUGAGAGAGAGAGAGGACAGUGAAAGACACGUGUCAACUUUGGUGAAUUUAAGGCGAGGAGCUUUUUUGCAGCGCGGAGCCUGCCAAUUUUCCACGCAGCUCCAAGUUAUCCCAUUAAAGAUCAGUCAAGACUUCCCCUUCCAGGCUUCCACUUCCUUUUCAAGUGAUCAUAUAUUUAUAUGCUGCCCAACAACAAAUCUUCAACAGACUCCUAAUGUCUCUGGUCGAGAAGCAGUGCUGAAGAAACCGAAUGGGUCCUAUACUUCAGCUGGGAAAUGGGCCCCAUGCUUUGGCUAGAAAAUGGGCCUCAUGCUUCAAUUAGGCCAAUGCAUCAUGGGCUUUUGAGAGGAAAUAAACAAAUGAGUCCAAUUUGUGAUUGUUUAGAAAGGAGCAUUCAUCAACAGGAGAAUCACAAUCAAGGGUUAAAGCAAGGUUUUAAAAAAUCAGACUGGUGAUUAAACUGAACGGGUAUUAAUUUAAAGAUUAAUGGUCUAACUGUGAUUAAAUAGUGGUUGAAUGAUUUAUGAUUAUUUUAGUUUAAC